CCUCCACGUGGUGAGACCCGGGCACUCGGUAUUGUUUACGUAAAAUAAUAUGUAUAAUAUUAUCUGUAUAAGUGUCUAACGUAAGCACUAGCGAGCUAAUGGCUGCAUUUAGAUUCUUUUUUUUUUCUUAUUAUUAUUUAUUUUUCUUUUUUUUUUUUGAAUGAUUCAGACUUCUUAAAAUGUAAAUGAAAAAAAUUUGUAAUAUAUUUUAUCGUUAUAUUAUUAUCAACAUUUUAGCAUAGAUCCAGCGUCGAUAAAGUAGAGAACUACUAUCGGAAGAGGGCUCUAGUGAAUCGAACGAAUUCGCCCUUUAAGAGAGCCAUCUUAUUUGCCAUCGUAAUUCGCCACAUUCUCACACAAAGUUCUCAUUGAAAUAAUUUCUAUUUUCUAUAUUUCUUUUCAGAACACUUAUUACAGAAUUUAAAAUAAUAAUAAUAAUAAUAAUAAUAAUAAUAAUAAUAAUAAUAAUAAUAAUAAUAAUAAUAGUAAUAAUAAUAAUAAUAAUAAUAAUAAUAAUAGUAGAUACGUGUCGGAAAGAUUGAACAAUGAAAAUCUAUUAUAUAUUACGAUUAAUAACAUUAUUUGGUUAGAAGUUUAUUUUCAGAUGGGACCACGAUACUAGAGAACAAAAGAAGAAGAAGAAAAAGGAAAGAAAGAUCAUCGUCCGAUGAAGAAGAAAAGUGGUGAUAGUUGGUAAUGGCGCUGUGGGAAAAUCGUCAAUGAUUCAGAGGUUUUGCAAGGGUACUUACACGAGGGAUUAUAAGAAGACUAUUGGCGUUGAUUUUCUCGAGCGAGAAAUAGAGGUAGAUGGCGAAGACGUGAGAUUGAUGCUAUGGGACACCGCGGGUCAGGAAGAGUUCGACGCCAUAACGGCGGCUUAUUAUCGCGGUGCACACGCUUGCGUACUUGCUUAUUCUGCUACAGAUAGAAAUUCUUUCGAUGCUAUUCCUUCAUGGAAAUUAAAGGUAGAAAAUGAAUGCGGCGAAAUACCGACGGUACUCGUACAGAACAAGAUGGAUUUAGUCGAUCAAUGCGUCAUCGGUCUGGACGAAGCUGAGAGGCUUGGUCGUGUUCUUGGAUGUAAACUCUUGCGAACAUCCGUAAAGGAAGACGUCGGUGUUAUGAGCGUAUUCCGACAUUUAGCAUCACGAUGUUUACAUGAGAUGCGUAGGAAUGAUAACGAUUAUCAGGACGAUUUAAGGUUGUAUUCUACUGGACCGAGAUCUCCUUCUGUAAUAAGUGCCUUUAGUCCAAACGGAUCAACGUGUUGUCGUAAUAGCGGAAACGGAACGAUUGUUUUAAGGUCAGGAGGUAAAACGAGGAAUCACAAAAAAAAGAAUUUCGUAAAGAGCGCCUGUAGACUACUCUAAUCAAAGAAAUAUUAAUCUAGUAAAACACCUACAAGUUGAUCGAUUUAGAGUGGCAAUGUGCAACAUAAUGUUAAUAUGUAACUUAUAGAUUAUGCCUGAGUGUUUGUAGUACCAUCUCCUCUCUGUCUUUAUUUUUUAAAGAAAAAUUCCGUCCAGGGCGAGUUACAGGAAGAUUUUGAUGUGCGUGUGAGCGUGCGAGUGCGUGUGCGUGUGCGUUCGUGCGUGCAUGUAUGUAUGUGUAAACGCUCGUACAAAAAAAAAACAAAAAAUAGAGAGAGAGAGAGAAAGUUAGAAAAAGAAUAUAUAUAUGAUGAAAAUUUAAUAGUGCAAGACAAUGUAUGGUACGAACGUAUUUGUAAAUAAUUUUUAAUUUGCAUAUGAAAAAACGAGCUCGUAGAUGUAUAUUGUCGAUGCAUUGAUAGCAAUUAAUCAUUAAUUAAUAUCUAUCGAAAUCAAUGAUUUUUUUACGUAUGAUUAAUAUAAUUAAUUUCUUUUUAAUACCAAUGGGUUAAUAGUUUACAUCGAAACAUAUCGAGAUGAUAUAAAUUCAGGUAAAAUAGUUAGAUAUACGUAUGAAUGAUUAUAGAGCGAAUAUUUAUUGCCGUUUUAUAAAUCGAAUAUUAUAUUUAUAUAUUCAAUUCCUUUUGAACAAUUUUUUCUUUUUUCUUUUUAAUUCUGAAAACCUUUCGAAUUGAAUUACAUAUUUUUAUUAUUAUUAUUAUUAUAUAUGUAUUUAACACGUUUUGUAUAUAUAUUUUUACCAUUUUUUUUGCAGCGAAAUUUCGACAUUAUAUACUUUUUUGUUAAUAUUGUCGAGCGAACGUUUAGAAUAGACCAAAACUAAAUAUAUAUUGCAGACACCUAUUUAUGUAUAUGUAUAUAUAUAUAUAUAUAUAUAUAUAUAUAUAUAUAUAUAGCCCGUAUAAGGGAAUAUUAUUUGUUUGACGAGUCGAAAUGUUAAACUUUAUGAUAAGUAUUUGUUAAUGUAUGGGAGCAGGAAAAAAAUAAAUUGAGUCGGCUAUUUUUAGCUGGUA